CCUCCCAGUCUCCAAGGAUGCCACUACCUUCCAAUAUGUAACCCACAUUAACAUGGGAACCCCUUUAGCCAAGAAAAGCUUUGUGGUGGAUCUAGGAGGUCCAAAUUUUUGGAUGGAUUGUGACUAUGGAAAAUAUAUAUCAUCCUCAUUCAAGCGGAGUCAAUGUGGUUCAGCACCAUGUUCAGUGGCUAAAGCUACAUGUGGUGGUGGAUGCUUACCUGGUCAUCACAGACCAGCAUGCAACAUUGAAACUUGUCAUGUCCUUAUUCAUAACAAACUCACAGGGGGUGAAUCUGAUGUUGGAGUUAUUUCCUUGGACAAAAUUUCCCUUCAAUCCACCCAGGGAUCAAAGGCUGGUCCUUCUGUUGCAAUUUCUGAUUUUAUCUUCGCUUGUGCUUAUGAUCGAGGCGUAGGCAAUCUUGCUAGAGGUGCAAAUGGAAUGGUUGGCCUGGGGAGGGACCAAAUUGCGCUACCAACACAACUUUCUUCAGCAGUCGGUGGAAGCCUUCGAAGAAAUUUCGCCAUUUGCUUGCCUUCCACUUCCAAAUCCAAUGGUGUCAUUUUCUUUGGUGACUCGCCUUAUGUAUUUUAUCCAGGUUACAAUAAAUCAAAGGCGAUUGAUGUCUCAUCAAGAUUCCAACACACACAGCUCUACAUCAAUACUGGAUUCACAGGGUCAUCCGUCGUGGUCCGAGGACCUCCGUCGUCGGAAUACUUCAUCAACGUCACAUCCAUCAUGGUAAAUAAAAAACCCAUUCAUGUAAAUUUAACAUUGCUCGAAUUCAAGAAGACGGGGAAGGGCGGAACAAAAAUAUCAACAGUCGAACCAUACAGCAAGCUGGAAACCACUAUCCAUAAGGCUCUAGUUAAGGCGUUUGAUGAGGAGAUUGCAGCUUGGAAUGCGAGUAAGGUAGCUCCAGUGGCACCCUUCACAGAUUGCUAUACCGUAGGAAACAUGGGCAUGACAGUUCUUGGAAUUGGUGUCCCAGACAUUGCAUUUGUGUUGGAGGGCAACAAGAAUUUAUACUGGGAAAUGUAUGGAGCAAAUUCCAUGGUGGAGGUGAGUAGAGAUGUAAUCUGUUUACCGUUUCUGGAUGCAGGUGAUGAGACUGGAAUAAGGACAUCUAUAGUGAUGGGAGCACACCAGUUGCAGGAUAAUCUUUUACAGUUUGACAUAGCUUCUAAUAGGUUGUCUUUUACUUCGACACUUCUCUUGGAAGAAGUCGAAUGCUCCAACUUCAAAUUCUAAGCGCUGUUUUUUUCCUUUUGUCAAAAGCUUCAAAUUCUUAGAUGGAAAGCCACGUUAUUGGUUUUUUUUUUUUUUCUUGUUAAGUAGGAGGUGAAGGGGGGAUGGAAUCUGAAUUUAUGUGGUGAAUUAGGUAUGUUUUUAGUUAUUAAAUCAAGUUGGGCUAUGUAUUGUUGCUUGUGAGAUGCAUUUGUAAUUUUAGUCAAGUGUAUAUCCAACCA